GAGGAAGAGCCUGGCCGGACGACGGGCUCAAAACCCACCAGCCCCCACUGUAACUCACAUUCUUCAAGUCAGCACGUUCCGGCACCAUGGUCAGUCACGGUCAGGGGGCGUGGCCGGCCGCGGGCCCGUCCCGCCUCACACCGCCACCUACUUAAGGCCGCACCGACUGUGGGAGAGCAUCAGUUCCACACCGAUCCCACUACAGACAACAUGAAGCUGUUCAUUGUCGCUGCUCUGGCCCUGGUGGCCGUCGCCGACCGGCCCCAGCCUUCCUACAGGCCCCGUCCCACCUACGCUGCCCCGACCUACGCUGCCCCGACCUACGCCCCGGCCCCGACCUACAAGCCCCAGCCCAAGUACGCUCCUGCCCCGUCCUACGGCCACUCGAGCUACAAGCCGAUCGCUAUCCUGGAGCAGGAGGACGUCCACCCCGGAGAUGGCACCUACAGCUCCAAGUUCUCCACCGAGAACGGCAUCUACAGGUCCGAGUCUGGCGUGCCGGUGCCCGGCUACGGCAAGAGCGCCUACGGCGAGUCGGAGGACCUCUACCGCCAGGAGGGCUCCUGGAGCUACACCAACGGCUACGGCGAUGAGGUCAAGGUCGCCUUUGUCGCCGACGAAAACGGCUACCAGCCGUCCAGCGACAUCCUGCCCACCCCGGUGCCCACCGAGUACCCGACCCCCGAGGUGGACCCCGCCUACGUCGAGCCCCAGCCCAGCUACGGCAAGCCCGCCUACCAGCCGGCUUACAAGCCCGCCUAUAACUAAGUCACCCAUUCGCCAUUUAUGUUCGAAAAGUUACGCGCUGUGAUGUUUCAUCGGCCCUCAGCUAUUUAUUUAUUUAUAUAAAUGUGAUGUGGUUUGUGAGGAGUGCAAAAUAUACAUAAUCAUCGAUA